AUGGAUUGCAGCAAAUUGACAGAAGAUAAGAUCCCUGAGUUAGGAAUGGAGUUCAACAGUGAAGAGGAUGCGUACAAGUUUUACAACAAAUAUGCCUUUAAAAUGAGUUUUAGUGUACGCAAAAACUAUCUGAAUAAAGACAAAGAUGGCGUGAUCACGUCUAGGAGAUAUAGUUGCUGCAAGAAAGGUGUGAAGCGCAAAUACGAAGGUGAUGCGAUGCCAAAGAGGACGCGAGCGCCGACGAAAACGGGGUGUGGAGCUAAAAUGAUUAUCGUGUUAUUUAGAGGGACAAUGAAGUACCAUGUGCAUGACCUUGUCUUAGAACAUAACCAUGAGUUGCACAUUGCUCAAUGUUCGCACAUGAUGCCAUCACAAAGAAAAGUGAGUGAGGUUCAAGGAUUCCAACCUGAAAUAAGCAAGGAUGCUGGAUUUUCAUUGAAACAGAGUCAUGAGUUUAUGGAAAAGGAGACAAAUUUUGGAUGA